AGGAGCAUUCCAUUGAGCUCACUCGUGACUUCAGGAGCAUUCCCAUUGAGCUCACUCGUGACUUCAGGAGCAUUCCCAUUGAGCUCACUCGUGACUUCAGGAGCAUUCCCAUUGAGCUCACUCAGGAUCUUCAGCAAGUGGAGUCAACUGGAAUACAGCAGAGAGCUAUUGACUUUAACACCGCACCAAAAAUGAACCUGCCCCUUCUUACAACCCACAAUACUGUCUUCAGCCCAGGACCAAGCCUGUACCCAGCCCAGAAUGCCACUGAGUUCCCACAUAAACAGAACACUGGUAAAGAACUGGAUUGGAGAACAGGGGAACAGAAUCCCAUCCGAGAACUGGAGUGGACUCCGGAGCCGGAAGGCAGACUGGAGGCUCCAUCUACGUCAGAGGUCCGGAUUACAACCAAGGAGGAGCUGUGGUCACCAGAGGACCCGAUCAAGAUGGAGGAGGACCCACAGUGUGUCACCGAUGGAGCCAAUGGCAGCAAGCCACAGUGCCCUCCAGAGCAGGGGAACAACGCCAGGUCUGCAGGUCCAGAGAAGAGCUCUGUUUCUGGGCAGGAGAAGCAGUGGACUGAGGGUGUCCAGGUAUAUUACCAGAGACUGGUGGAGUUCCCAGGGGCUCUGGUUCAACUCCAGUCCCUUCCCUUGUCCACCCUCCUGGGCUGUCUCCAGUCCGUUCUCCCCUCUGUCUUKACUUCUCAGAGACUCAUAGCUCUCUACUGGCUGGGCGUGGCCAACUGCAGCCAGCCCCACCCACACCCUUCCCUCGUCCUCCUAUUGGAGUCCUGCCUCUACGCCCUGACUCUUGACCCUGACAGGUCCGAUCAGACCACGCCCCUGACAGUGUUCCACCACCUCCCCCUGCUGCAGAUCAAGGAGAUCCUGGUGGGUUUUUGCGGUCAGAGCCUUCGUCUCACAGCCUCCACUGAGGAGAGUGUCCUGACCCUCUACACCCACAGCCAGACCCUCACCCAYGCCCUCYCKCAGGCCCUGCUAGGUGUGUUCUCUCCUGGGGACCAGCGAGUGGCUCACCACCCCUUCCUGAAGGAGGAUCUGAUGGAGCUGUCUCUGGACUGGAAGGCCCAGGUACCUGACCUGCUGUUGGAUGCGGGACUCAGGCUGUCUGGUCACUUCCACAAGACCCUAGCUGACCUGGUGUAUAUACUGCAUGGCAACAUGGGCAGAGACAAGCCUAGUCUGGGAGAGGUCAGACUGCUGCUCUACACUACCGUUGGUGUGACAACGACCCCUMACCCCAGACCUGACCCCUGGGCCCAGCUCCUCCUCACGGAGACACACCUGGGACUGGUGCAGGAGAAUGCAGUGUUCCACCCUGCUCCGCGCCACCUCCCCCUGCUGUCCCGACAAGCACAGUUCCAGGGGGUGUCCCUUCGGUGCCGCUCUGACAUCCGCUGUUUGAUGGUCGGAGAGGUUGGCCGGAGCUCCCCGGUGCGGGGCGAGAUGGAGCCGGGAGCUCCCCGGUGCGGGGCGAGAUGGAGCCGGGAGCUCCCCGGUGCGGGGCGAGAUGGAGCCGGAGCUCCCCCGGUGCGGGGCGAGAUGGAGCCGCCAGACCCUCACCCAGGCCUCGCCAGCCCUGCUAGGUGUUUCUCUCCUGGGGACCAGCGAGUGGCUCACCACCCCUUCCUGAAGGAGGAUCUGAUGGAGCUGUCUCUGGACUGGAAGGCCCAGGUACCUGACCUGCUGUUGGAUGCGGGACUCAGGCUACCUGACCCUGGGCCCAGCUCUCCUCCGGAGACACACCUGGACUGGUGCAGGAGGAUGCAGUGUUCCACCCUGCUCGCGCCCACCUCCCCCUGCUCUCCCGACAAGCACAGUUCCAGGGGGUGUCCCUUCGUGCCGCUCUGA